GUUCUCCACUAUUCGAGCGCAUUGCCCUGUUGCAGACCAUUUCGCCGCGACAUUGUUCGCGAAGAACACUCGCCCCUCGCCCUGUCAAGAUGACCGGUGCGAAGGAGAGCAGUGUGGAUGCUCACGGUUAGAGGUCAGCUCUCAGCUCUCAUUCUGUCAUUCCACCAACGUCUCGGGUCGCUCGCCUGCGCGAUUGUUCCCCUCGCGCCUCUUGCACAUUCUAGCCGAAUCUUCACGCUCCCUUUCGUAUGUGCGCAAGCCAGUGGUUCAUCCGCUCCCAGAUCAUGUACACAAGUCAGGCGUAUUCUUGUCCGGAUUCGUGGCCGGUGGGGCUCCGCCUUCUCAUCUCGUCCAUCUCGACUUCAGUUGUGGCGCAUUCAUGCAUCGGCAUUUCAGCUCAACCACUCGGUGCUCCCAAGUCUUUUCCCUUCUCCGCGAACCGGGAUGCGGAGGCUUCAGCAUGUGGUCCAUCUUGGACAGGAGUCUUGGGGCUCUUCCGGGAAACUUUGAAGCGGAGCGAGUGCGGACAUGCGAUUAACCGCGAGAAUGAUGAUACACUAGAGACGGAAUGGUAGGUGUCUAUGUGUGCUGUGUUUGUAUUCGAGUUCUAAUCGUGGGAUUAGUCCAACAAAUGACAUCGAAAUGACCAGACGUGCUUAUAAUCGCCAGAAAUGCGCUAUGCAGAAAGAUUUGAGGUGGCACCACGUCUGAGAUCGAGGAGCUCAUCGACCACAAAGCCAGGACUUCCUGUCACCCUGCUUGCGUCAAGUGAGAAGGCCCCUGGAGAAAACAAUCUGCGCCAGUCAUACAUAAGCACCGCCAAA